AUUUUAUUUCAGUAAGAAAUUGUAUCUAAAAUAAUAAUAUACCUAGAAGAUAAGGAAAAUCUGGACAAGACUUUUGAUCGGCCAUUUUGGGGAAAAUAACGACGUUGACAGAGAAAUUCCCACAAUGUGAAUGUCAACAGAAUUCUUAAGCUAAUACGGAACUUACGCCAACGAAGUUUUAACUAAAUAUUAUUACUGAGCUCCAAUAUAUAAAUAAGGAAUGGGGCGAUCUCGAAGUCGUAGCAGAUCAUCAAGUCGACAAAGGCAUCGAUCGAAGAGGAAAAAGAACCGCUCGAAAUCUCGGUCAGCUUCCAAAGACAGAGCGUCAAAAUCACGACAAAGUCGAAGUAGUCGGAUGCGGUCUAGAUCCCGCGAUCGCAAACGGCCAGCAAGGUAGAUUUCAAGUAUAAAUUCAGUUAAUACGUGAAACGAUUGUUUGCUUGUACCUGUAUGCUUUAACUACUAACCUUAGUUCCAUAUAAAUAAUCUUGCUUUGAUUGUACUUUUAGUGUUAAAAUUAAAUGAAUGUAUCAACCUCCACAUUAUUUUGUACAUGAACUCAGUUAUUUUAGUUGGAUAGGGCGGAUAGGCCUACUACUACACACAGACUACAGUGGGUAUACCCUACUGUCACUGUGCACUACUUGCCAAAACGUUCUGCUUGUGACUGUUGCGCCACUGUCACUGUGCACUACUUGCCAAAACGUUCUGCUUGUGACUGUUGCGCCACUGAAAGGCCCCGAAGUAACUGGCAAAUAGGCAGCGACUAACUAGUACCACUCAGAUAGCGGAGUUUAUGUUUCGCUUGCAUUCAAAUACUUCAAUAGUUUCUGUGUGAAUGUCCUGGUCGGUAAAUGUUGAGAGAGAUACCCGGGGUUGCCCAAGCCCAAGCAUGGCCGCCAUCUUUGUUGACAAGAUCCGUGAGAAGGUCACGGAACAUGGCGGCCGACCCAAAAAAAAAAAAAGUAGUGCAAAGACACAUAUUGUACAAAAAGGGAACGGUUGGGGAGAAUGCGUUUUAUCAAAAACUUACCGAAAGAACGAAAAUAAGCAAUAUUACAAGAAAAUUUAAUUUUCAAGAUAGGAAAACACACAAAUAUGUAGUAAUCUGUGAAAAAUAUUUUCAAGAAAAUGUAAAAUUUAAAGAAAUGGAAGAAAAUUUUAAUUGGUUGAUUAUUUAUAAUUUUAAAUUAUCAUUGGUUGGCUACCAUCUUUUCAACAUGUUGGCCUAGUGCCGGCAGUUGUGCUCCCAUUAUUUGUGCAUAUUUUUUUGGGAAGCGUUAUACGCAGUCGGCUGCGUAUAACCCUGAGAGUUAUAGUCGACUGCGCAUAACCCUGUGGGUUAUUCACAGCCGACUGCGUAUAACUCUCAGGGUUAUACGCAGUCGGCUGGGAAUUUAGCCAAAUAAGGUUUAUUACCGCUAGUUUGGCAAUUUAAAAAAAAGUAUUAUGUGUAAUUAGCCGCAUGAUGGGUUGUUUUGAACUGUAACUUUUUAUGUGUUUAACGUAAAAUUGUAAUUGAAUUUAUUUUAAUUAAUAAUGAAAUUGAAUGAUAGCAAUAGUAUUAGUAUUAGUGCUAUUAUUAGUAUUAUUGCUUGUAUCUUAUAUAUUAUAAUUAUAAGUCAAAGUCUACAUUUCUUAGAGUCUAAGCCUAAGUCUAAGAUUUUUUAAAAGGCAGAUCCAUGGUCUAAGUCUAGUUAUGUAUUCUGAUUGAUUAGGUUUUUAUACGUUGCUAUGACUAUUUGGUUGGUUUUACUGACUAAUUCAGGAAAUACAUUCUAUUUAUUUUUUAAAAAAUUAUAUCAUUUAUGAUUAUUUUUUUUUAUGACCAAAAUAUAACAGUUUUCAGCUUCCAUGCAAAACUAUAACUGUGUGAAAGUAUUACUUAUAGUGCCCCCUCUACAGAACCCCCUGCCCUUACGGCGAUUUUCUUACUGCUGCUCUCCACCCAUGAUUAUAUUUAUUACUGUACCAGAGAAACAUGAUUUUAUCUGCCACAAAAUUAGUUAACAACACAAAAUAUAUGUUAACAACUCAAACAUAUAUUAUGAUAAUUAUAAGUAUAACAUUAUUAACAUUACUUUGGUCAAGUUAAUUCGUAUUUAAAAUUUUUUUAGCCAAAACAAAAGUAAGUACCAUUCGACCACCCAGUCACCCCAAUAAAGAAGUACCCUGAUUGAUUGAUACUGUAACACAGGAAGAAUAUAGACGUCACGUGACUUGCCGACUGCGUAUAACUCUCAGGGUUAUACGCAGUCGGCUGCGCAUAACCACUUCAUAUUUUUUUUUAUUUGGAACCUGUAAUAAAGUGUGUAAAAGUGUAUUUCAUCAAACUGUAAGUUGGGUUUUCAUUAUAUCUUGGUUUUAUAAUUAUUUUUGGCUUCUUUUUUGCCAUUUAUGUGUUUUUUACGGCUGCUAACCGUUGCUGCUUACUUGUGGCCUUAGGCUUUGGGUUAGGUUCAGAAAUACAUGGUAAUGAACGAUUUUAAAAAGCAACAAAAAACAAUGAAAUUUUCAAAUGAUAAUUCGUUAUUUUACUCACUCUUUACGAAUCAAGAUUGAACUUACCGCCGGACACCGGAGCACAAUAAGACGACAGUGACGUAAUAUUUAAUCACACCUUUCUAGAUCCGCAUGAUUUUCAAGUACCAUAUACGAAAAUUAAUUUCUCUAUUUUUCAUCAAUAUUUCUAACAUUCUGACAAUUCCACACUCUCUGCAUGAAUUUCAAAAACAUAAAACAAAAACAUAAAAUUUCAGUUUUAAAACCAUAAAAUUUAACUUUUCUUUGAAUCUUCGUUAAUUAUUGACACGAAAUCUUGUUCCAACCGGUUAUUAAAAUAUUCCUUCGCCGACACUUCAUCCAACAAAAUUAACAACAAUAUCAACAAAGGGGAAUGACUCCUGCCUUUCCUUGCACAAAUUUUUAAUAAAUAUGCAAAUGACGUCAUGGAUAUUAGUCUCAACAAUAGCCUCCUGGUCUACUGAAUCAACAUUUCCACGCGCGUGCUCAGUGAUAGAGGGAGCAUAAAUGCCGUUGUUGAGCUGAGCGGCAUUUCUAUAUCCUCGCCAAGUGUCCAUGGCAAUUAUUGUCCUUGUUAACACAUGAUUAGUGAUAAUGCGCUCAAGUGUUUGUGCAUCUUGACAGCCAACAACCUCUAUCCAACAUCAUCACUACCACGCGCAACCAAGCCGACAACCCACUUACUAACAUGUGGCUGUCAACUGUGAUAUUUUCUAUGGAAAAAGUAACUCAUCCUUCUCAAUGAAAACAGACUAGCCGUUUGCAUCGAAGCCAGCAGUUGAUUGGUUGUCAGCAUCAAUUGACAGCAUUCCUGAUGAAGAUAGUUGUUAUAGUUGACGAUAGUGUCCCAGCUAACCAGACUAAAAAAAACAUAACGUGUUUACACCUGACUUGGUGAACCUAUUAAUACAUGAUCUUAACUAUUUUUUUAGUUGUUAGAUCACAGUUGGCAAAGACUGGCCCGGUUCUAACACUACUGCCAGUGUUGCAUGGGCGACAACGUCACGAAAAACCAUCGUUACAUUCUGCACGAGCGACUAACGCCAUUGGGCGCCUGCAUGUUCCACAAUUAACAUUGUUUCUGAUCAAGCGAUGUUGGGCCAGCCACUCCUACAGCCAUUCACGCUUGUUUGAUCUUACAGCAUACAACUCAUAUGGAGUUAAUUCAAUUUUGCCCAGUUGUGCUGCUGGCAAAAUAACCAAGCUAAUGCUUAUCGGUGCGGCUGGUCCACCGGCCAUAAUUUAACAAAUUUAUUGGAAUAUAUGCAAAUAUGAAUUUCAAAACAAAAUGAUGCCUAAGACUUUUAUUUUAAGUAAGGAGCAAUCAUUGGAAAUAAUUUGGAACUGGGCUUAGGAGGAUUGCCAAAAAUUCUUGAGUCUAAUGGUACCCGAGUGCAAAUGGUGGCGCUGCUUGUCUGGGUCCAUUUUGACUCAGUACUAUUCGGAUGUAAUUUGUGGUAGUUUAUUUUAGUUAAACUGAAGAAUUAAGUUUACAAACAUAUAGGCCAUUCAAUUUCAAUGAUCUUUCAUUUGAUACCUCAUUUUGUCUUACAAACCCAACAAUAAAAUGUUUAAUUAGUUUUUUUAACCCCAACCUCUCACUUCUGGUACCCGGGUACGAAUAGCCACUUCGAUAUCAAAAUACAGGUAGAUUGAAAAAUCCAAACAAAUCAAUGAAAAUGUAGGCCAAGAUAUCUACUCGAAACAGAACCCAAAUAUAUGUCAAAAGUACUCAUUUAUAAAUUAAUAGACACACAUCGUAAAAUUAAAAACUCAGAUUUUUAGUCACAGAUUCCCAUUUCUGAUACAUAAAAAUUAGUAGGCUCCCUUAAUUUACAGAAGUACCUAAUGCAGGCACUUCCGUUAAACAAGGGAGAUUACUUCAAAAUUUGUAUAGGAAUCGAAGACGAAGAAUUAGAGUUUUUAAUUUUUGGAUGUCUGGUUUUUCAAUGAUGAAAGGACUAUUUAGUCAUAAAAUUCUGGUAUUCAUCCACACAUUACAAUAUUGGAUGUCUUGACCUAAAUUACGUACAUGGUAUUUCCAUCGUAAAUAUUGCCUUUUCAAUUGACCACAAUAUUAAAAAUUCCUAGAUAUAUAUGUCAUCUUUUCUCAUAGUUAUAUAUAUCAUCUUAUUUUUAAAGAAGUUCAAAAUAUGUCUUUCAUAUUAAAUCUUUCUCUGCAUUAUAAUUUCAUGUAUACACGUGCCCAUUCUUAUCAGCCAGGACAUAUCAACCAUUAGUUAUGCUCGUCUAAGUCUAAGUAACCAUAAAAUUGGUCAAAAUUGGGCUGAGCGAACUUAUGAUAAUGCAGGUUAUUGGGGUGAGCAUAACAAACUUAAGAAAUUACCUUCGACAAUGAGAAUAGGCACAUAUACUUGUACAUAAAUAUAUAAUGCUUUUCAUAAAAGACACGCUGUUUAAAUUUCUUCAAGAAUUUUUUAAGGAAAGAUGCCUAAUAUAUACCUAUGCAUUUCCAAAAUUAAGGUAGACAAAAAAAGGCAAAACUGUGAGUUGAAAUGUUGGUCAAGAUGUUCCAUAUUGUGAAGAUGUGGAAGAAUAUCACAAUUUUAUGACAAAAUGGUCCUUUUAUUAAUGAAAAAGCAUUUAUAAGUAUUUAGGACAUUUAUAGCUUACCGAUGGUCAAAGUGACACAGAAAAAAUACAGAGGUUCACCUUGUUGGGUAAAUUGUAUGAGCAUCUGUGUAAAGAUAAAUAUUUAAGGUAAUCGAUACUAAAUUAAUUUAAUAAAAGACUGUGUUAAGAACACUGAUUGUUUGGUGCAGUGGUGGAAUAAAACAAGCUGUGACGUAGGACAUAAAAAUCUGAGUACACCAUAGAGUCAUAGUAACUGUUGAGUACUGUUGGUAUUUUUUUAACCAGGUAUUAAACCAUGCCAGUUUUUUCCCUUCAAUUUUUCAAUUUUAUUUUUUGUUUGUUUAGUAUUUCUUGUUAUAUCUUGUUAAUAAGGCGGCUUUAAUUUCAGGAAAAGAAAACAACUUUUUUUGUGUUUUUGUUUUAUCUUCACUGGUUAUUAAAAACACCUAGGCAAAUUUAAGAGUAACAUGUCAUAUUUCAUUUAUUUUAAUUAAAUUUGUUUUUCUUUAACAGAAAAAGAUCAUUUUCAUCUAGCAGUUCUGACAGUGAUGAUGACCUCAUACUUAGAGCAAAAAAGAGAGAAGAGGAGGAGAAAAAGGCCGAAAUUGAGCGUCAACGUCUUCUGUAAGCAUUAAUAAAUUUAUUUUCAUAUAAGAAGUUAGAAAAAGAAUAUUAAUAAUAUUAUAAUUGCAUCCCUUUUGGUUGGUGCAUUUACUUUCAUUUUGAUGUUAGGAAAUAUUUUUUAAAAGUUGAAUACAAUUAUAUUGUUUUUUACUCAGAUGAGUAAUUAUUUUACCCACAAAACUUCUUAAAAUAUUUUUUAAAACUUGGGUAAAUCAUAAUUGACAUCCAUUUUAGUUCCUUGCUUUCUUUCACUUAAAUCUGGAACCACGCAAUUUCAGUGUGGAAUAGCAGUAUGGCUUUACAGUAGUAGAACAUUCACAGUUAGAUCAAUCUUACUAUAAAGAACAUGUAAUAAGAAUUUUCAUUUAUGUAAGUAUACAUGACAUAACAUUUUUGUUCAGUAACUAGCUUUUAAUGUAUUUAAAAAAAAACAAAAUCAUAACUAAAGGGAUUUUAUAUAUUGUAUUCUAAAUGUUAAAUAUAAAUAUAUGACAUAUGAAAUUUAAAGUUAAACCUUCCAAUGCACCAUACACCCCUAAAUCUGUCUGUCAACACCUACUCAAUGUCUAUCCAUGCCAUUCCCAUGGUCUCGGGCUCCUGAGGUCCUUCCCAUGUUAAAGGCUUCCCAUGCGAUUUCACCCUUUGUGGAUUCCACAUCAUUCUCUGUAAGGCAAUAUUUUGUGUAACAUAUAUAAAAUUUACUUGGAAUUUUAUCUUUUAUUGCAGUCGCCAGAAAGAGCUUGAGGAAAAGUUGAUUGAAGAAGAAGUUGCUCGUAGAGUUGAAGCACUUGUCAAACAACGGGUUGAGGAGGAACUUGAAAAACGCAAAGAUGAAAUUGAAGCUGAGGUUUUGCGGAGAGUAGAAGAGGCAAAAAAGAUAAUGGAGAAACAGAUGCUUGAGGAGUUAGAAAAACAGAGGGAAUCUGAAAUGGAGGCCCAGCGGUUAAAGGAGGUAGGAUUGUCGCUGUCCUUAUCUGUAGGAUUAGAUCUAUUGGCAGGCUUGAGGUUGGGGAUGAUGUUGGAAUGGAAUAACUAUAUUUAAACUAAAUAUGCAUUAUUUGUUUUAUUAGAAAAUUAAAUCUGAUAUGAGCUUACUGUUAUAAGGAACGCAACAUUGCCGACUACUGAGACCUAGAUCUAUCUAUAUUUAGAUAAGAAUGUGGAAAGCUAUAGAUUGAUUAGAAAAUGUCUCUAUCAAUCAUAUAUUGAAAUAUUCCCUGUGAUGUUUUGCAUCACACGUUGAAGUGGUUGGAUCUCUUAAUUUAAACAAAAAUGUUACAAUAAGUUUAUCCCCUAAAAAAACUGGUGUUACGAGAUGAGUCAGUUAAAGUAAUUAACUUCAUAAAACCAUUCAAACUGACAGCAAGUCCCAAAUCAACUUAUUAUAAUAGUCUGUAAAAGACCAUUAGUUCUUGAAUGGCAUUGACAUUUUAUUGUUAUGCAGAUGUCUGAGCCUGCCAGAGAUUUCAUCCAGCUAAUUUCAUGUUUUACUUUCAUUUCAUCAGCCUCUGCUCGCUAAAAUCUCUUUUUCUCCCUCAUACAUAUCUUGAUUUCUAUGGGAGCCUCAUAUUUUUUCCUUUAUUUUUUUUUUCUUAAUUGAACUUUUAUUUCCCUUUAUCAAUGGAAAAAUUCCCAUAAUUUGUUUCAAGUUAGCUCUUUCAUUUCUUUAUGCCAGAGGACGGGGCAGUAUUUAGGAAAAUCAUGGUCUUGAUACAAAAUUUAAUGUGCCCAAGUUUUUGUUGGGAAAUGAAUCUCCCUGUAUAUGGACCAGGAACCGGCCACUUUUAUUAUAGAGGCUGGAAAUAGAUUUUUAUUAAACAUAGAUCAACAUUGCAAAACUAGUAUUUCUUUGUGUCUUAAAUAAGAAUGCUAUACUUGAUCUGGGCAUAGAAACACUUUUUCCGUUUACAGUUUGAAAGGGUUUAAAGGGGAGUGAAUUCACUUCCCCCCCCCCCUUUUUUUUUUCUACUCAUCAAAAUAAAUAUAUAUUUUGUUUCAUAUUUUAUUUUUUAAAACUCCUAGAUGUUUCAUCCUAGUUUUUUUGGGAGUCAGGGAAAUUAUUUUAAAACUAAGCAAAUUCCCCAUAAUAUGAAAAUUACCCUCUGUAAGUUGGGGUAGUUUGUCAUUUAAUGGUUAACUAUCAUAGCCCUGAAGAGCAGGUGUGUUAAAUUUGUUGCCAAGUUUGCAGCCCCUCCUGGAUUGGAAUCAUUAACUACUCAAGGUACGCCAUAUUUUCGGUAUGUAGAUUAUGUCUGCUGAAGUCUUUGCUAAGAUUUUUUUUAAAUAAAUAAAAAAAGUCUGUAAUUGUACAUUUCUACAUUUCACAUCAGGCUCAUCAAUCAUGUUUUCAUGUAAUCACACUUUUGUUGGUCCUCUCAUUUGCCUAAAAUGAACCCCCAGAAAUGUUGACAACUACAUAAUUUAAAAAUAUGUAGAAAUCUGAAUAAAGACCAUAACAUUUUGCUUAGUACAUCAAUAUUCUUUAUAUAAGAAAAUGAUGUACUGUUAUGAGAAGAUCUUAGCCUAUUCCUUAUGAGAGGAGGCAAAAGUUACCAUAACUCUUUGAAUAAUUUUCUGCUCCCCACAGGUAUGAAAUGACUGUCUCAUUAAUAUUUUUUUUCAGCCAUUCUUCAGAUGCUGAACUCAAUAUCUCAUCUACAUAUAUUUUACGAAUUUUAUCUAGCAAAAUUAUAUAUUACUAUUAUUCAGUUCUUUGCACUGAUUUCUAUAUAUUAAACCAAUCUAUUGCAGUAGUAAAAGGUUUCAAGGUAGUCUUGAGUGCCUUUUUGCAUUGAAAGAUGUAUUAAACUAUGUUUUUUUUUCUUUGAAAAAUUCCAUUUGGAGAAAAUAUUUUUUUAAAGCUCAAAGCAAUUUUAAAAAAAAAUCAUUUCUAUACUUGGUUUUGUUAGAUGUGCACAAGUAACAAAAUUUUUUUUUUAAUGAUUAAUGGCAGACAAACUUUUAAAUAAAAUAAUAAAUCUAGAUUUCCAUGUGUUGAUAUUGGUGCAUUCUUGAAUUUAUAAAUACAAAUGUAUUUUACCUCUGUAAUCUUUUUAUUGAUGUUACUAAUCUUGCCUUUGUAAUCAUCAUCCAUUUUACUUGUAUUAUAUUUUAUAGUGCUCCAUUUAAAGAAAUACUUUUUUCCCUACUGGUUUUAGUUGGUAUGAUAUCACUAUGCUCUCUAGUUUCCAUAACUUCCAAGGAAAUAUUUUUUUGACCCAGUCUAACUGCUUCUCAUCAAUUUUUCAGGAAGAGGAACGGAAGAAGAGAGAAGAACUGGAGAGAAUCAUGAUAGAGAAUAACAAGAAAAUUGAAGAAGCUCAGCGUAAAUUGGUAAGCAUUGUUUACCUUGAAGGAAUAAAAACUAUUAUAGCCUUAACAGAUGACAUAGAAGUAUAGUUAAAAUUUAAAAAAAAAACUAUUUAUUAAUAUACUUUUUGGGCACUUUAAAGAGUUUGAGUAAUUAGUUAUAGUGUGUUGUGGAAUUUAAACAAAAGUAGGAAAAGUUGCCAUCUAUUAGUCUUAUUAUAAACUUUUAAUAUAAAUUUAAUCACUCAUAAAAUUGGAAAGGAUUUUAAUAAAUGUGUUUAUUCCUUUGGGUUCUGUUUGAAAACUUAUCUACUGCCAUUCAUUUAUUUGAGUUGUGCCGAAGAGUCAUUUAAUGCAUAAAAAGCGAAAACCGCAAGUUAUUAUGAAGCCUAUGUGUCUGUCUCUGUUUUGUAAAUACUUCUUUUUAAGGAAAAUAUUUUCAUAUAAUUUUUGAAAUUAAUGGAAGACUGAUUUGAAUUGGAAGAAUUUUUAUCAUAUAUAUAUAAUUCACCAGCAAAGGUCAAACACCACCACCACGCAGGCUAUAUAUAGAGAUGCCAGAGUGUGGUUAAAUAAUGAGUUCACUAGCACGCAAAAUAUAAUUCCUGAAAAUUACGCUAAAUGAUAAAUAUCUAUUUUUAAUAACGCAAUUGCAUUUGGUGCGUAAUAUUUUCUUUUCGGAAAUGAAAUCGUCUCAAUUUAAGUAUUCUGUAAAAAAUAUUCGGUUUAAAAGUGGUUGGGAAAUCAGAAUAGUUAAUACAGUUCAUGGGCGUGAAACAAAAAAAAUUCCUAAAUUUGCGUUACUUGAGUUCACGUUUUGUCAGUAACUUUAUUAGAUGGGAGAUUCACGCAUUGUUGUCGCCAAUGUUUGGCAGGCUAUAUCUAGUAUCAUAUAUUCCAGUUGUAAAAUUUAACUAAAAAGUAUAUAUAUUCAAGUAAAAGUGCCAACGCCAUCUUUCCAGACAAAAAAAUCUCUUGUGUUCAAACAGUGUAUAGAGAUAUCUACAACAAAAAAAAGUUUACUAUUAAUACUAACUGUAAGUGGAAAUUUUAACUUUUGUCCCUCUUUUUUUGUGUCUAGGCUGAAGAGCAAUUGAAACUCGUGGAAGAGCAACGAAAGAUGUUAGAAGAAAAGCAAAGGAUGGAAGAAGAAGAAAAGAAACGAUCAAAGAAGGAUCAGGAGAUUAUACUAAAUAAGAAAAAUGCAAGACCUAAGCUGUCAUUUUCAUUAGGAGGAAAAUAGCAGCAGUAAAGUACGUCUUUCUAGCAGACCCGGGAAUUUCCUAUACAUUGAUUCAAUCGUCACUGUCUGGUGUGAGAAAUGUUUGGUGCCUGCUUCAUAGCUAUUGGAACUUUGUGUGUUCAAGUGUGUCUCUUAUCUGCUUUGGAGAUUUCAACUUCACCAUCUUCCAACCACCUGUGGCUAAUGAAGUCCUUAAGGUUGAUCUCUUUAAAGAAUUCCUGGCAGAGAUGUUUGUGCAUAAUUGACUUUUUAGUGAGAAGGUUUGUUUUGAUACUGGUGUAGAGAUGAUACUGCAUCUCACAGUAUUGAAACUGUCAUGUGCGAUGAAUGUUUUUAAAAUUGAGAUUGUGCUUGGCAUUUAAGAAAACCUGUAAUUUAUUUGACCACAUAAGGAAUAACAAAUGAAUUUGAGGGUAGCACCGGCGUUGAUAAAUGUGGUGAGCUAGACUUCAAGCAUAAAAUGGAGCCUCCAUUAUUUGCAAAUUUGUUCUGAUAUCUUUAACAUCUGAAAAGUCAGAUUGCUUGUACUGGAUAUUCAAGAGCAAUACAUACAGGAUUUAGUUUGAUCUAAAAUUUAAAAAAAAAUUUUUUUUAACUAGUAAGCCUGCAAUAUUUAAUGAAUAGGUUUUUAUUGAACUAGUAAUAUAAUCACAAAAGAGAUAUGAUAUUUGAUAUACUUUACAAUCAAUAGAUCUGACUAAUAGAUGUCAAAGUUGUUUUUCCAAAAGACAAAUUAUACGCAAUUCUAUAUUUUAUGUGAUCUCUAGCCCAUCUAUUUAUUUCAACAGCCAGCCACGUUUUUAAGUCAUUAAAAUUCUCCUCUAGUUGCAGUAAAACAUGUUACAGGUAAGUAUAUCACACUAGCGUAGAUAAACAAUGAGUCUCCAGCUAAGUAUUUUUGUCUAUGAUUUGGACAUAAAUCAUUGACACUGAGCCAAUUUAAAGCCUGUUCCUCUCUAACUGUAAGUCGUCUACAUUCUUGAGUUCAUGUAUCAACACAUUGGUUUGUGUCUUUUUCAACAUCAAGUUAAUCCUGCAUUCAUCUAGCGGUGAAAUGCCAGUCAUGUGUCAUUACAUGAACAAAUGUUUACCUAAAAAAAAAAAAACUGUUUCUCAUGCAAAUGCUGUGUACAACAACUAGAGUCCACAAAAUUUUUAUAUCUCUUUCCUUUGUUUUUUUUUUUUUUUUUGGCUGUUGAGGAAGCAUCUUUUAAUAUAUUUUUUCAAUUCUCAGCAUUUGCUAAACAACUGAGUUACUUUCUGCCCUUUUUAUUUUGACUCCAUUUCUUCCAACAUAAGUAUUUGAUGUGGUUUUGUUGAUGUUGUUACUUUCCUUCACUUUACUCUGUUGUUUUUCUGGAAACAUCUUGAGAGAUAUGUCAUAUUUCAGUCCCUUAGUGCUGACUUGUCUCAUCAUUUUUUAUACAUAGCCAUGUAACAUUCACAAUUUUAGAUGCUUAGUUGGACACUAUGGCGGAGGCUGCGAUCAAGCUAUUCAUAAGUAAAUAAAUAGCAGCAGGUGCAUGAGACCUGUGGAAGGGUAACUCUUGUCAUGCUUCCACGUUCUUUGAUCUUAUUAUCUCCUUAGAUACCAAACAUGACAGAGUUGCAUUCUUAGAUUUUAUGGAUACAUUUAUAACACUUGGGGUAAUGCCUCGUUCAGAAAUAAGAGACAUGAUUUGUUUUUAUGUAACUGUUGUUUUUUUUUUGUCUAUGAAACGAUGUGCAUGAGCACUUUCUGAGUUGUAUUUGUGUGUGUGUGGAAGAUUUGUUUUUUUGUGCACUUUGUGUGGAUGAUGUUCAUGGGAGAAUUGAACGAAGUGCAAGAUUAGGACAACAAUCUUUUACACUAACCCUUCUGUAAAAGGCAAUGCUCAACCUCAUAUAAUUAGGAGCACUUAUAAAUUUAAAGAAAAAAAUCAACAAAAAACACAUUUUUUCAUUCUUCAUCUAAGUACACUACUGAUUAGAAAAUAUAUAUUUUUUGAAAGUUAAAGGUUUUGUGAUAUGCUCCAUGGGAAGACCAUUGCCUAGUUAGUCUACAACAAUGUAAUCGACAGCUUGAGUUAAAGUCAGUGUGCAACAAUGAGUGUGGAAGAAGAAAAGUGUCAUUUUGUUACAUGCCCUUAUUAUACUCUGUAGAGAAGCAGUAUGCACUAUUUGUUAAUUCUCUAAACUAAGUUUAGUUUGUAUAUGUUCUUUGGAUUUACGUGCAUUUCCUCUAUUAACAUGAUUUUUUAAAUUGUAAAUAUUGCAAAAUAAAUUUUUAUUCUCGAAUUAGGUAUUCACAAUGUAGAUAUUUUCCCCAUACUGCUCUUUUUUUUUACUCUGAUCACUAGUAUGAGAUUAAUUUCAAGAAUAUAAUUUCCAUAGAUUAUUUUUCUAAUUCAGCUAUUAGGCUAGUGUUAAAUAACUAUUAAUGGCAAUUAAUGGUCAUGAAAAAUGUUGGUUGGUAGCGGACUUAUCUAUGAUGGAAAUGCACUGGAUUCUGUUGUUUGUACCGUUGUUGCUUACUUUGUUAUAUCACAAUUUCUAGGCAUUUUAAGAACUUAUUUGCAAAUCGUAUUUCUACUGCUAUGUGCUGAUGAAACAUUUAAAGGUAAGUAUCUUUCAGUGUGGUAGUUAUGAUCCAUUUAGACUAUUGAAAAGAGAGAAAUUGUGAUUAAAACAAAAUUUUUGAAACAAACUGCUCUCUUAGUUUCUUUUCUCAAUGUGAGAUUU